AAAAAACCCUAUAAAUAUGCAAGUUUAUUCGAUAAUAUUCAUUUUAUAGACUGUAGAGUCCUUCAUAGACUUCUCUCACUAUAAUCAUUAUGUCGAAAGUGUCCCUAUUGUUUCUCGUGGCUGCAGUAUGCUUAGUUGCAGUAAGUGCGGUGAAAAAUUGCUACAUGUGCCAGGCGAGCGACAAGGACAGUUGCGGAACCCAAUCUUCCACCCCGUGCUUUAAGAAAGGAUCCUGUUUCAUGUUGACGGCAACGUUCGAAGGUCAAUCCGAGGUUACUUAUGUGCGCGGAUGCAGUCUGGAUACCAAAGACGAGGUUUGCGAUAGAAUAAAAAAGAACGAAAACGUGCAGUCGCUUGAUUCGUGCACUAGUUGCGACCAGGAUAACUGCAACAGCGACAAGUUUGAAUAAAUUUAUAAUUAGACCGGGUUGUUUAAUAAAUAAAGUUUGAGCAUA